CCCCGGCGGGGUCCCCGCGGGUGUCCCCGCGGUGUCACUGCGCGGCUCGGCUCCUUCCGAUCCAUCCCAUCCCAUCCCGCUCCGCUCUCGCCGCCCCGGCAGCUAUAACCAUGGAGAACCUGCCUAAUGCCAACAGCAGAUUUGCACUUGAUCUGCUCAGAAGAUUUAGUGAGGCCAACCCAACAGGAAAUGUUUUCUUCUCUCCUGUCAGUGUCUCUGCUGCUCUGGCCAUGGUGCUUUUGGGGGCCAAAGGUAACACAGAGGCCCAGGUGCUGAAGACACUUCAUCUGGACAAAGUUGAAGACAUUCAUUCAAAAUUUCAGACUCUGACAAUGGAUAUAAACAGAAGCAAUGCUCCCUAUCUCUUACGGCUUGCCAAUCGGCUUUUUGGAGAGAAGUCCUACAGCUUUUUGCCGGAUUUCCUGACUAAUACACGGAAAUUAUAUGGAGCUGAUUUGGCUACAGUUGACUUUCUUCAGGCUUCUGAUGAAGCCAGGAAAGAAAUUAACCAGUGGGUUGAGGAGAAAACUGAAGGUAAAAUCCCUGAUCUGCUCUCUGAAGGCUCAGUUGAUAACUCGACCAGGCUUGUGCUGGUGAAUGCUAUUUAUUUCAAAGGGAACUGGGCAGAGAAAUUUAAAGAAGCUGACACCAUUGACAUGCCUUUUUGGUUAAGUAAGAAUGAAAGAAAGACAGUGAAAAUGAUGUAUCAGAAAAAUAAAUUUAAUGUUGGGUACAUUCGUGAAGAGAAGAUCCGUGUUUUAGAACUGCCUUACGAUGGAAGAGAACUUAGUAUGAUCAUCCUGUUACCUGAUAGCAUUGAGGAUGAGUCUACUGGACUGCAGAAGCUGGAAAAGCAGCUUACCUUAGAGAAGCUCCAGGAAUGGACACGUCCAGAGCAUCUAUAUUCCACCGAUAUUAAUGUGCAUUUGCCAAAGUUUAAGCUGGAAGAAAGCUAUGAUCUUAAGUCAGAUUUAGCUGCUAUGGGCUUGUUGGAUGUAUUUGACAGUGGUAAGGCUGACUUGUCAGGAAUGUCAGGGGCACGUGACCUCUUUCUCUCUAAAGUUGUCCACAAGGCUUUUGUAGAAGUGAAUGAGGAAGGCACGGAAGCUGCAGCUGCCACUGCUGGCAUUGCUAUGUUCUGCACGGCUCUGGUUAUGGAAGAGCAUUUCAAUGCUGACCAUCCUUUCCUUUUCUUUAUUCGCCACAACCCAACACAAACCAUACUUUUCUUUGGCAGAUAUGCUUCUCCAUAAAAGAGAACUUAGCACUUACAGAGUAGCUCCUGCUGUUAAUGCAAACUUUGUUCCUGAAUGAGUUGGAUUUUGACAUAGGAAGUUAAUGUUCCUGUCUUGAGUUCCUAGCAGCUUUGACUGGGAUUCUGCCUUUCCCAUUAAAACAAUUCCAGAGAAAUGUAGGAGUGUAAUUUAUUUUUCUUUCUUGAGAUUGACAUAAUCUUUAAUGAAAUGAGAAAAAUCUUGACUGUAGAGAGGGGAAAUCUUUUGAAAUUGGAGUAGAAACAGAAAUACUCUUGGAAGAAAUGUGUGUCUCCUAAAGUGCAGGAAAACCCUGUGUGCAUCCUCACAUCAGUUUUUCUGUGUCAACAGCCCCCUAUUGUAAUAACCAGUCACUCCUUAGUAAUCCAGUGACUCCUUAUGCACAUAUACCAGGAUGUUCUUGCAAAGCUAUUCCUCCCCUAAAGUUUUGCUUUAUGAAGGUACUGUAAUAAAAUACUUCUAGGCACCAAAAGGCAUAUUGUGAACAGCUGAGUUUACCCAGUUCUGUCACAAAAUAGAAGGUCAGAUAACAUUUGUUUAUAGUCAUCUAUUAAUAGAAAAAGGAUUAAGCUAUUUAAACAAAAGUAACCCCUUCCAGUCAUUAGCCAGAAAACUUGCAACAGAGCUUUUGAAUGAGGAGGAUUUUUAAAAUUUACAGGCUGGUGCCAUUUUAGUUAUUGAAAAUGUGAAAAUGUGCCAGGGAUUAGACGUUUUAGGUGCCUUUUUCCAAGUUCAGAAGCUGUCAAUAUGACGUUAGAUUCUGGCCAGAACCUAUAUCGUCCUCAAAAGAUGCUUCACCUCCCCAGAGGAUAGCUGGGUAUAAUCUGCAAGAAAUAGCUGAUGUGUGUCUUUAUGUACAAGGAUUCUACAUUUACUGACUUUCGCUACCUCUUUAUACACAAGCCUCUUGUACUGUACCACAGGCCUUGUGCCUGUGAGCCAAUAUAAUUACAUACUGUAGUGUUCUGUGUUUAUUUCUGGAGCUUAUUUGCUUGUAUCAUGUUUAUCUUGGGUACUGUAACGUUUACCUGUACAACCUCAGCUCUGAGUAGGGCACAAUAACUUCUGUAACUUCAAACUGUAUGUUAAUUUUUUCUUCAAGCAACAAAUAAAAGU